AUGGCGGCGGCCGGGGCGGCCGGCGCGGUGGCCAACGUCUUCCCGUUCCGCGACGCCCGCGCCGCGCCGGACCCGGUGCUCGAGGCCGGGCCGGGGGCACACGGGCCAUUGCCGGUGCCGCUCGUGCUGGACAACGGGUCGUUCCAGGCCCGCGCUGGCUGGGCGUGCCCCGGCCCGGACCCGGGUCCCGAGCCGCGCCUGCAGUUCCGCGCUGUGUGCGCCCGCGGGCGGGGCGGGGCUCGGGGCGGGGCGGGCCCGCAGGUGGGCAACGCGCUGGGCAGCCUGGAGCCGCUGCGUUGGAUGCUGCGCUCGCCCUUCGACCGCAACGUACCGGUCAACCUGGAGCUGCAGGAGCUACUGCUGGACUACAGCUUCCAGCACCUGGGUGUCUCCUCGCAGGGCUGUGUCGAUCAUCCCAUAGUUCUGACAGAAGCUGUGUGCAACCCACUGUAUUCUCGACAAAUGAUGUCCGAGCUUCUUUUUGAGUGCUAUGGGAUCCCUAAGGUUGCCUAUGGAAUAGACAGCCUCUUCAGCUUUUACCACAAUAAGCCAAAGAACUUGAUUUCCAGUGGGCUCAUCAUUUCAUCUGGAUACCAGUGUACACAUAUUUUACCCAUCUUAGAAGGGAGGUUAGAUGCUAAAAACUGCAAACGCAUCAAUCUGGGAGGAAGCCAAGCAGCUGGCUACCUCCAGCGCCUCCUGCAGCUGAAGUAUCCUGGGCACCUGGCAGCCAUCACACUCAGCCGCAUGGAGGAGAUCCUGCAUGAGCACAGCUACGUUGCUGAAGAUUAUGUGGAAGAACUGCAAAAAUGGAGAUGCCCUGAUUAUUACGAAAACAAUGUCCACAAGAUGCAGCUCCCGUUCUCUAGCAAGCUCCUGGGCAGCACUCUGAGCUCUGAGGAGAAGCAGGAGAGGCGGCAGCAGCAGCUGCGGCGCCUGCAGGAGCUCAAUGCCCGCCGGCGGGAGGAGAAGCUGCAGCUGGACCAGGAGCGGCUGGACAGACUGCUCUAUGUGCAGGAACUUUUAGAGGAUGGCCAGAUGGAUCAGUUUCACAAAGCUCUGGUAGAGCUGAACAUGGACUCCCCGGAAGAACUGCAGUCCUACAUACAGAAACUCAGCUCAGCAGUGGAGCAGGCAAAGCAGAAAAUCCUCCAAGCAGAAGUCACCCUUGAGGUGGAUGUGGUGGACAGCAAGCCUGAGACCCCUGACCUAGAGCAGCUGGAGCCAUCUCUGGAAGAUGUGGAAAGCAUCAAUGAUUUUGAACCCUUGUUUUCAGAGGAAACCCCUGAAGUGGAGAAGCCAGUCACCACUGUCCAGCCCGUGUUUAACUUGGCAGCCUAUCAUCAGCUGUUUGUUGGGACAGAAAGAAUUCGAGCUCCAGAAAUUAUCUUCCAGCCGUCCCUCAUAGGGGAAGAGCAGGCUGGGAUAGCAGAGACCCUUCAGUACAUCCUGGACAGAUACUCAAAGGAUGUUCAGGACUUGCUGGUUCAGAACGUUUUCCUCACCGGUGGAAACAUGAUGUACCCUGGGAUGAAAAGUAGAAUUGAGAAGGAGUUGUUGGAGAUGAGGCCCUUCCAGUCUGCUUUUAAGGUCCAGCUUGCCUCCAACCCUGUGCUGGACGCCUGGUAUGGCGCUCGGGACUGGGCCUUGGACCAUCUGGACAACGAUGAAGUGUGGAUCACCAGGAAAGAGUAUGAAGAGAAGGGAGGAGAGUACCUCAAGGAGCACUGUGCAUCCAACAUCUACGUCCCCAUCCGUCUGCCCAAGCAGGCCUCCCGCUUCUCAGACACGCAGGCCCCUGGCAAAGGCUCGGGGGCCAGUGGAGGCAGUGCUGGUGAGCAGGCAUAGUAGAUGCCCUCUGGGACCUGGGGCCUCGGCCAGUGUGACGGACGGUGGCUGUGCUAGCUGGCUCUGCCCUGAGCCAGCUGGUAGCACUGGGCGACAAGGUGGAUUUCUCCUGGGGAGAAUAGUUACAGGACACUGGGAGUUUCCUUUUGGAAGUGUGUUCACUUGGGGGUUCCUGCAGUGAAGAGACUUGAAAUGGCUUUCUGGUAUUGUUCCUGAACCAAGGACGAACUGUGGCAUCAGCUUCCUGCAGCAGUAAAUGAAGACCGUGUAGGACAAGGAUGUACAAAACGUAAAAAGUUUAUUUCUUUAUUUAAAAAGUUCUUUAAAAGAAUCCUUCAAAACGGAUAUUGUCAGUGUAGAUAUUCUUCUGACUUUAUUCAGAAAUCAUGUGACUGCCCAGCAGAUGGAGGACUUUCACAGGUGUAUAAACAAAAGAUAGUGUUAAUGUGACAAAAGCAGUUGCCCACGAAAUCUCAGGAGCUGGAAAUGUUUUCCUUCUAUCAUUUCCUCUUAAAAUAGGUAAAAAGGGCCUAGAGAAGGUGACCAAAUGGCAGAGUUUCUCCAUCAGGGACCUGCAUAGGUCCACUUCUGAAUGGGCAGAAAUGAGGCCUUUGCCCAAUUUUUGUUCAUACUUUCUAUGCUGGAAACUUUUCCACCACAUGAGGCCUUCCUACAGAUUUUUCUUUCAAUGUCCACAAGUUUGUUGGCUGCUUAACUUUCUUGGGCCUUUCAGAAGAAUGAAACAAGUCAGGAAAAGGUGAAUUCUGUAGCUGCCUCAGUGUUGCCAUAAUCUUAUAUUCCCUGUGCCCUUGCAGCAUCAUCUUAAAUGGACAAAUGACCCCUCUCUUUUAUAGAGAUUGCUCAGUGUGAAUUUUAACUCUGAAACAUUCCUGGUAAUUGAGCCCAGAGGCCCCUGAGACGCUAGUGUCUGUCCCAGAAUCUGUCCAUUUAAAUCCUAUGGAGCCUCUAGCCCAUCCUUCCGAUGAGGCCCCCUCAGGACCUGUUGGCUCAUGCAGUGUACCAGGGGCUAUCACCUGGAUCUGCAGCCCUCGGGUUAGAAACUAAAGGCUUGGAGUGGGCAGUGGUGGUGCAGAAGGUAGAAGACUCAAGCCAACCCAGGGUCUCCCAGAGGAUUGCCAGUGAGCCACUGGCCAUGUAUAGCAGGGCCCAGGUACUAAGGAGACUUUGAUAGGCAUGUGCUGUUAUGAAAAAAGAAUAGUUGCCAAGAAGAAGGCAGGACCAACCUCCACAUGAGGGAGGUUUUCAUAUCCUGUUCCCAGGAAGAGGAGCACACUGACUUCUGGUGGGCCUGGAGGUCCCUCCCUCUCCCAUUGUCAACAGUUUUAACAGCCUGAGCGACAUAGUGAAAUCAGCGUGGUCAGGGAGGCCGAGCCCUGGUGGCAAGGCCCCUGGGUGGGCAGGUAAGCCCAGACAUGGUUAAGCUGGGCCUACCGGAACUGAGGAGGUGUGGGGCUGCAGUGAAGGGCAGGCUGAGGGGCUUGGGCUCUCCAGUUGCAUCUUUCACUCCUCACAUUAAGUAUACCGUGACCUUUCACAGCCGCCUUACGGGUUACCGUGGCUCUUCUGAAGGAAGCUGCCCCACUCUCCCUAGCAUGCAGAGCAGGCAUAUGCCAUCCGUGCAUUCCCUCAGCUUUGCACAGACCACCAGCAGAACACUCACCACAAGCCUGGGCUUUGUCUCUCCCCCAGGACUGUUGCCUUAAACUGAAGUGUUCUGAAGAGCAGGAAGUGUUCCAUUCAGUGUAGAGUAUCUACAGCUGAGUGCUGGACCCUGGAGGGUGCUGAGGGCUCACAGGAUUUUUAAUGGAUGACUAAAUCUAUGACCAGAGAACAUUUGAGAAUAGUCUGAUUGUCUACUCUGUUGAGAAGAACAGAUCAAGAGUCCACGCUGAGGACUUCCUCUCAACCGGGGAGCCCUAUUCAUUGAGGCAUCUGAUGUUCCUGGGUAGGUGGGCCAUGACUGCAUGCAGCUGAAUGUUCUGGGGGCGGCUGUGAAGGAACAGACUCCUGUAUCCCAGCUUCGGGCUCUCGUGGCAGGAGGAGAUAGCCUGAGGAAGGGACUGUCCUGUGUCUCUAGGACCAACUAGCUCUGGAUUUGAGUUAGGGCAGCUCUCAAAGUUGGGCAGCCACAAAGAGUGAUUGAGCCCCCCACCCCCCGGGCUAAGAUGGUGGUAGGGAUACCCUGACUGUUGCCUGCUUAUGCUGCCUCUGCCUCCUGGUGGCAUCUCUGGAAAUAAGCAGUUUUGCCAAAGGAACAGAGCAGGUAAAAAUAAAAGGAAGUGGCACAAGAGUGUAGUUAAGUGUUCAGAGAUGUGCAGACAAGGCUAAACCAAGAAAUGGAGAUUUAGACAAAUGUAACUUGCAAAGAUUAUUUUAUGCCUACCUAAGGGAUUAAGUGAAUAAAGUGACAUCUAUCAUUAAUAGAACUUUGCCAUUAGAUUGUCACCAGAAAAUUAGAGAAUGAGAGGGUGCCAGAGGAUUCAGAAGUGUAGGCAGAGCCUGGCUGUGUACAGAGUACAUUCUCCUUUCCUUCUGGGCCCAUGGCUGCACUACAUUUCCCAGCCUCCCUUGUGGUUGUUAUCAGGGCCAUCUGAGUUUGGCUGGUGGAAUAUGGGCAGAAGUUCGCCCAUUGUUUCCAGGGCUGGCUUCAGUAAACCUCCCCUAAGAGCCCUCUUCUUCCUCCUUCCCUGACUGUGGGCUGAAUGGAGAGCCAUCUAAGGCCCACGAGGAGUGCAGAGCCACAAAGUGGAAGGAACCAAGUUCCUAAAUGACUGCCUGGAGCAGCGGCCCUGCAAAUUCUUCCCCUGUGAGGAAGUAAACUCUCACUGUGUUAAGCUGCAGAGCGCUCAGGCCUUAUCUACUAUAGCAACUAGCAUUAUUCCAGCAAAAACUUUAGGUUACAAAUAAAAUGUCAUCAACUUCGUGUUAAACAGGGAAAAAAAUAAAAAUAUGAAACUAGGAGAAUAAUGUGACAGAUAGUGAUUCUUUCAUUUAGAAAAUGAGAAUGACCAUCACUUUUAUCCUGUAGGAGGAUUAAUGAGAUAAUGAAUAAAAUCACCUAAGGAUUUCUACCAACAUGGCAGACUUCUGAUUUAGAAGACCCCCUGCCCCCAACCUGCUACAAAGCUAGGCAAAAAGUUAAAGUAUAACUAUACAAAAAGUUGUAAUGCUGAACCCGAAAGAGAAAAUUCUAGCUAUCAUAGGAAAUGAUAGAAAUCAGAAAUAAAUACAAAAAUCGUGGCUGGAGUGGUAACCACAGUAUGCACUGAGGGAAACCAGAGCUUUCAGGCUGAGAUGAGCCCUAGGGAUGGACAGGGACUACUGAGCCCUGGGAAGUCCCACAGGCAGACUGACCUGCUCCUUGUUUUCUCUUUCUGUUCCCUUCCUUCCAUGACAUCUCUAUUCCCCCAAUUCCGCUUAUGUCUGUGAGCAUCCACUAAGACCCAGGUACUCUUCCCUUGUGCCUCAUGCCCACCAGGGCUCCUCUUCCUUUCCUAGGCCCAGGGAGCCCUGUGAAAUUCAGUCGUUCCAGAGGCCCAGAAGCCAUUUCCCAUAGCACACAUUUUUACUGACCAAAGUCACCAUGAGGGCAGGGUGAGUCUGUGCUAUAGGGAAAGUCAAGGUGAUGCGGUGGGUUGAAUUGUGUCCUGAGAUGAUAUGUCCAGGUGGUAACCCAGUGUCUCUAAAUGUGACCUUAUUAGGAAAUAGGUUCUUUGUAAAUGGAAUUAAGGAUCUGGACGUGAGAUCAGCCUGGUAGGGUGGGCCCUCAAUCCAAUGGCUGGUAUCCUUAUAAAAUAAAUGACACAGGAAAGAAAGCAAUGGAGAGGCAGAGGCUGGAGUAAGGCAGCCACAAGCCAGGGAAUGCCAGGAGCCACCAGAAGCUAGAAGAGGCAAGGAAGGAUUCUCCCCUAGUGCCUUCAUGGGGGGAGUAUGACCCAGAUGAUACCUUGAUUUGGUAUCCAGGACUGUGAGUAAAUUUCUGUUGCUUUAGGUACUGUGUUUGUGGUCAUUUGUUAUAUACACAAAUGUCUAGGUCGAGUCUGGGAAGGAAUCUGGGUAUGGGUAGGAAAUUUUUAAGCCAUAAAGAAGCAGAGAACUUGCCUACAAGAUGGAGGAGUCCUAGCAAUGGCAGGACCAAGAUAACAACCAACAUCUAUCAUGGGGCAAGCUGGCAUUGGCAAUGAAGGAUAGGGAGGUGGGGUUUGGGAAGUGCACAGGACCAGAGCUGAAGGUCCUGGAGAGGCGCCCCUUCUGGGGAUAAGAGAGGCCCUAGGCAGUCCGAGGUGGUGUAUGGGGAAGCAUGGAAGGGGCUGGCACUGGAGGUUUAUUACAGCAACAGAAGAUCACAGGAAGCUGGACCAUCCAAAGGUGCUAAAUACUGGAGAAUCUACCUCACUGCUGCACCAGGAGGGGGAGCUUAGAGAGACUUAGAGACCAACUAAAAUACUCUCCCUGCCCUGCUCCUCACCUAUAUCCUGCUAAUAGGUGCUCAGGUAAACCUAACAUGCCUAAAUAUGAAGAGUAAUAAAAACAGCAUCCUAAAGGGGAUAUUGCAAGAUAAAACUAAAAUCGGAAAAUUUAAAGUCAAACUUGUUAGCAGGAAACACAGGAGGAUAAAAGACAGAAAAAAAUUGUAAUGCAGCAUUCCAACACAAAAUAAUUAGACAAGCAAAUGCAGUUGUGAGGACACCACAAAACAAAAGCUUCGAGUAAAAAUGACCAAGCAGAUGUGAAAUGAGAACUGAGAGGACCCAGGAAAAGAAACUGAAUAUAAAAGAAAAAUGAUCUCAGAAAUCUAAAUCCAAGAUGCACAAAGGGGAGAUACAGUCAACUGGAAAGAAAAAGGAAAAACAAAGUGAAAGAAAAUAAGAGAAAGUUACAGAUAAGGAAGAAGAGGCACAAGAAAUCUAAUCAAGUUGGACAUAGUUGAAAAUUCGGUAUAUUGAAUUUUAUAUUGUAAAGGAAAAAAAACAAUGGAAUAAAAAUUCAUAUUUCAGUGGUAAUUUGGUAAUACUUUCCUCCGAGAGAGAAAAUGCUCUGAAUACAAAUACGGUAAAGACACACUGUGUAUGCACUUGGGAAGAGAGACUCAGAAGUGUCAACUCUAAGAAGAUCCUAGGCAAAUAAAUCCUCUGGGCUUCUAGGCAAAAAGACACAAUGGCUUACAGUAUCAAGAAAAACUAGAUGUCAUCAGACUUUCUGACAGCACUCUGUGUAAUUUAAUACUAGAAAGUUGACCAAAGAAAUUGAAUUAUGAAAAAACAAAAACGGUAGAAUAAACUUACUUGAAAAAAAAAUUUAAGAAACCUGCUAGAAAAAGGCCAACAACAGUUUAAAACUACUAGAAAGAAUAGGGAAAGAGCAAAUACAUGAAAUAAUAAGGAAUUACUAAAACAAGAAAAAUCAUUACUUUCUACAGUUCUUUGCAAAUACAUUUGAAAAUAUAGAUAAAAUUUGUCAUUUUUUAGGAAAAUGGAAUGUACCAGUACUGACCUGACAGGAAUCGAGUCCUGGCUCCAGAUGCUUUCACCCAGAAAUGACACAACACAUGUGCUCUGAUUUCAUUGGCCAAAGCAAGUCAUUUAGCUGUGUGUGAUUUCUUAGCAUUCUGUGUUACCUCCUCUAACUAGUUAUAUCUUUAUGUAAUUUUUUUUUGUGAUUGCUCUAGAAGUUACAUUAUGCAUCCUUUAUUUAUUGUAUGGAUUCUAUAAUACUUCACAUACAAUGUAAGAAUGUUGCCACAUAUAACUCCAUUUUUCACUUUGGGGAUUUGCUAUUGGUAUGUGCUUUACUGUCACAAACCCCAUAACACAUUUUUAAUUUUUAAAAUGUGGUUAGUAGUCUUUUGGAGAAAUCUAAAAAGAUCAUCUUUUACCUGCACAUUGAUUCUUUCUGGUCAAGAACGUGGGAGUGGGAGGAGAACAUUUUCUUGGCAUUAGUUCUGGCACAUUCUCCUCAUACUAACAGGAUGGGGGAGGGGCUUCCCUCUGGCCUGUGCCUAGCCAAACAGCCUUUUGGAAACCUUCCAGAGGAAAUGCAGUGGGUUCUCCCUGGAGCCUUACUGCAAAUUGGACAAGAAUUGUCUGGAAGAUGAAUUCACCUGCUUGGCUUUUUCUAGCCUGCGUAACAUUUCGAUGAAAACCUGGCUGGGAGUAGGCUAUAUUGGAUCCUACCAGCCCUCUCCCAGCCUGGGCAACCAUCUGGAGAUUGCCUGGGAGUCAAGGUGAUGGGUAUUUUCUCAGUCUAGACAAAAUUCUGCAAACUCUAACUUUAGUUGUGGGAGGAGGAGUUUACCUGCUGAUCAUUCCCCAGCUCAGGACACCAGUAGUAUUUUGGACUGGGUUUCAUAGAAGUAUUGUUAAAUCUAGAAGGGUUUAUAAUUGGGUCAGCAAAAUCCAUGCCCUGAUCACUGUUCAUAGUAAAGGACAUUCCGAGAGUAUGAACUAAGGAAGUCCUUUUGUUGAUAGAUUCUGUCGGUCUUUGUCAUAGGCAUGUCUCUGCCAUUGUGAGGAGGUACACCCAAUUGCUUAAAAUAUACAAAUAAUAAUCUGAAUAAAACUGACCAGAAAAUUUACAAAGGCCCCCAAGGAGGAGGUAGAUCUGCCCUCUUCUUGACAGCUUUCCCCACAUUCUGAGUCUGACUAUAGGGAAGUUCUUACAAGAUCAUUGAGGAACACUGGGAAAUUUGGGGACCUGCCAACUAUAACCAGUUAAUCCUGACAUCCUCUCUGUGUGUGCCAAGCCAUGGGUUCUGGAAACAGGAUGAACAAACAGACCCUUUGGUGCCUCAAAGUGGUGCCCCCACUUUGGGGGUACACCAAAGAAGACAUGGAAUGCAAAACAUCCCAAAGGUUCUUUGAAUUUGGGGCCAAUUCUGAGGGAAGGACAAAAAUCAAAAGAGCUUCUAGAAGAGCCUGCUUGGGUGAAGAAGAUGAGAACAGGAGGGGGUGGCUGGGGAAGAUGAAGGUGAAGCUCCGCCCCUUGUGAGCUCUGAGAGCAGUCAGGCGAUUUUUGAAUGAAUGUGCUUUUAUUUUCCUCAUUCUGAGUUCCCAGGCCUGCUCUUUUCACUUGCUGCUAUCUAACAGGAUUCCAGGGCUUGGCCUUGAGAAUAGAGAGCCUCCUUAUUGGCAAUUUCUAGUGAAGAGAAUCUCAGAAAAGGAGGAAGUGUUCCCUCUUACCCUGAAAAUUUGGAAAAGCAGACACUCUCUGGAGAGCAGCAGAAAGCUGUUUCAAAGAGCCUAUUCCUGGGAUGCCUGGGUGAUUCAGCAGUUGAGCAUCUACCUUCGGCUCAGGGUGUGUUCCUGGGAUCCAGGACCGAGUCCCACAUCGGACUCCCUGUGGGGAGACUUUUCUCUCUGCCUAUGUCUCUGCCUUUCUCUCAUGAAUAAAAAAAUCUUAAAAAAAAAAAAAAGCCUGUUCCCUUAAAAUAUGGGAUUCUCAUCCUGCUCUGAUUUUAGCUGCAAGUGUUAUUUGUAACAAAGGACUUUAAAAAAAAAAAAAAGGUUUAUUUAUUUGAAAGAGAGAGAAAGCAUGAGCAGGAGAGGCAGAGGGAGAGGGAGAGAAUCUCAAGCAGACUCCGUGCGCUGAGCCCAGAGCCUGACUUGGGGCUGGAUCUGAUAACCAUGAGGUUAUGACCUGAGCCAAAACCAAGAGUUGGAUGCCUAACUGAUUGAGCCACCCAGACACCCCUGUAACAGAACACUCUUUAAAGUUGUCUGGGUUUUACAGAAAUACAAUCAUGUGCUAUAAGAAAAAAGAAAUCUUUUAAAAAAGUGAUAUCUUUAAAAUUAAAAAAAUUAAUCAGUAGCUUUGCUUAAUUAUAUAUUGCCCAAGUGAUAACAUUUCAUUUACAUUUCUGUUUUAAAAAUAAAGGUAUAGCCCUUUGUCCAUUGUCUGUAUUGGCCAGAGGAGCUUUGCAAUUUACCUCUUCUUCUUUCUCCUGUCACUAUGACUUUAAAUUAACAAUACACAAUACAAUGUACAAAAUUGUGCAUUUGGCUUUGGAAUUGUAUGUAUGUUAUUUGCAAUUAUAAAACAAAGUUUUACUCAAAGUAAGAGCACAAUCCUUAAAAAUCAAAAGCAAAGUGAAAGAAGUGAACCUAAUUAUCAGGUUGGUAGCUUACUUACACAGAGGUCUUAUUUUAAGUCUUGAAUGAGGUGACUUUAAUAAGGUGAUAUUAUUUUAAGUGACUUUUUUCACAAUAGUGAGGAAAAAAACCAGUAGUUGAAUGUACAUCUUUCAUGGGAUAUAGUCUAAGAACAAAAAAGGACUGUAAAAACAUCUUGCUGUUUCAGCAAUUAUGGCAUUGGUAAUGGCUAUUCUGAAGAUAUAAAUGUGUGUGUGUGUAUAUAUAUAUGCAAAUAAUUCUGUUAAUGUUGCUAGAAACCAGGAUUUCCAGCAUAAGAGACAAGAUAUAAAAAUAUAAAAUCAGGGGUGCCUAAGUGGCUCAGUUACACGUCCAACCCUUGAUUUUGGCUUAGGUCAUGCCAGGGUAGUGAGAUCUGUGCAUCAGCUCUGUGCUGGGCAUGGAGCCUACUUAAGAUUCUCUUUCCCACUCCCUCUGCUCCUCACCACGCCCCUCUCCCACUGUGUGCUAUUUCUUUGUCUAAAUAAAAAAUAUAUAUGUAUACAUAUAAAACCAAAAAUUAAAAGUUCUGCAAUCCUAAAUUUGAAUCAUAAGUAUCAGUAUGAGCACAUGAUGUAUUUUCUCUCUAAAAGUAUUAAUUUCUUAGCUGAAAUAUGAUCUGGAAAUAAUAUCCCAGUAUCAAGGAACACCCCUAGUGUGGCUUUUUAUUAACCAUUUCUCAUUAAAAGGAACCAGGGCUCUUUGGAGAAAAGGCUGCUUCCAUCUCUGGGGCAGGAAAGAUGAACCUGGCCUACCUUGUUGCAUCAGAAAGCAAGGAAACUAUCAAAGACUCCCAAAGACUCCUGGGAUCAUAUUGAAAGAAGGAGCCAACUUGAAGUGGCUCCCACUGGCUGAGGAAUGAGAUCAUUGGAGCGUCAGAAAGAACAAAAAUGGGGGCACCUGGUGACUCAGUCGAUUAGGCAUCUGCCUUUGGCUCCGGUCGUGAUCCGGCGUCCUGGGAUCAAGCCCAGGGUCAGCCUUCCAGCUCGGCAAAGAGUCUGCUGCUCCCUCUCCCUCUGCCGCUCUCCCUGCUCAUUCUCUCUCUCUCUCAAAUAAAAUCUUAAAAAAGAAGAAAUUAAAAAAUUAAGGGUUCAAGCACAUCAGAUAUGAAAAUCCAUGAAUUCAUCAUUGGUUGCCUUUGGAGAAACCAGCUCAUAAUUCUGCAAAUGAUAUAAAGUGAAAGAAGUGAGCAUUGAUUCAGCCUUGUACCAACUGCAUCCCAUGGUAAACAAAUAAAUGGUAAGAGAAUUCUUCUUUAUGGAAGACUUCUAGCUAAUCUAUGAAGAAAGAAUGAUAGAAUACCAUCAUUGUCUAACUCCUGACAAUGGCAAGAGGCCAUGAUCACCAACCCCUGCUAAAACCCAUUGGGUGAAAAGCUGAAGGUAUCUUUAUAAUGGACGGAUAUUAUGUGCCUUCUGACGUGAUGCAAUAUAACAUCUUGAACACCAUCCAUGAAGUACUCUUACAAAAAAUUUUUAAUCUGAAUCUAGUCAGGCCCCCAGAUUUGACUGCCAGUUUCCUGGAAAUACUGGGAGCAGAGAAGCAUUGUAUAAAUUAAGGUCCCAACAGGAAGCAGAUGGUGAACUCUGAUUAGGGAAAUUCCAAGCGGGGUUAUUUAUCCAGGUGAAGGCAGUGUGGAAAGAAUUAAUGGAAUGAGAGGCAGAGAAGCCUUCCCCAGAAGAAAGAAGAAUUACCAGAACCUGGAAAGGGAGGGAGUUGUGUCUUGAGAGGAACAGUUACCUUCGGCCAAGAAGCACAGCCAACCCAAUGUAGCCUUGCAGGUAAGGGGCCAGGAAAAUGAUGACUCUGACUUCACUCUUUUCCCUCCUUCCCACUCCCCCCCGGGGCUCCCUAUUGGCCAGACCCUGGAGCCAGAGGGUGAUGGAACCUGGAGAUGCCAUCUACGUGGGUCAACCUCCAGGAGCAAAGACCAGCGUGGAGAAGAGUGGAAGGAGGACCUGAAGGGGGCAAGUAAGUAAAAUUGGUCACAAACAUGCUAACACCAUGGGGAUGCAAUCAGCAAAAUCCGGAAUUCAGAGAACUCUCCAGGACAAACAAUCUUCUUCUUCUUUUUUUUAAUUCCACCAAAUAAAUUGCAAAGAUGGGGGGAAAAAAAGAGGCUGGGGUGGGGGGAACCUAUAAAUUAACUUUCCUCCUGCCCCAACAAAUAAACUGCAAAGGGGGUAAAAGGAAGACCCGUGAACUAAAAGACACUUGAAACCAAACACAGAUACGAAGUUUGGACCUCGUUCAGAUCCUGAUUGUAAUGAAUCAACUGUUAAACAAAAUAAACUUCUGAAAAAAAUCUGGGAAAUGUGACCAUUGGAUAUUUGAUGAUAUGAGAAUUAUUGAUAAGUUUUUAUUUUCUGAUGUACUUGUUAUGCCAAGAGAGGGGUGGGGAGGCUUAUCGGAGGUACAUACUGAAGUAUUUGCAGAUGAAAUGAUGUGUCUGGGAUUUGCUCCAGAGUAAUCAAGUGGGAGGGAGGUACAGAGGAAAAGUUGCCAACUGUUAGGUGGGGAGGAAUAGGUACACCGGUUCAUUAUACCUCUGUCUCUACUUUUGCAUGUGUUUGAAGUUUCCCAUUUAAAAAAUUAGAGUCAUAGUACUCUCAUCUAGCCUUUUUUUGUUUGUUCUGUAGCAAUAUGUCUUAGAUAUUAUGCAACCUCACUGCAUAUGGAGUGGCUUCUCAUCUUUGAAAAAUGUAUGUGCAUAUGUGUCUGUCACAAACAUGAUAAACAACUCCAUGAGAAUGUGAUCUGCAUAUCCAUGACCUAGAUAUAUGCUAUUUCCACAAAUAGUAGCAGACCAUACACAGUAUAACAUAUCUUGGAGAUCACACCACAUCAAUAUAAAGAGAACUUCUACAUUCUUUUUUUCUUUGUUCUUAUGUCUUAUGGAUAAGGCAUUCACAAGAUUCUGAAAAACCACCCUCCAGUCCUUUGUUUUUUUAUAGUAAGAAAUGUGAGAAGAAUUACAACCAUUUUCCUGUAAUGGAUGUUUGUCAUUUGACUUUGUUGGGUGUUUUUUUCAUGCAGAAUUCUUUAUGGUCUCAAAUCAAGCAAUCUUUUAAAAUUGCUUUUUGAGUUUUAUCUCAUACUUAGAAAAGCCUUACUCUGAGAUAAUGAAAAAAAUCUUAUGUUUUCUUUCCAUACACUUAAUUCUCUUAAACCUUUUAUUUAGAAAGAUUUUAUUUACUUAUUUGACAGAGAGAGAGAGAGACGGAGGGAGUGGGAGGGAGAGAGAAUCUGAAGCCGACUCUAUGCUGAGCGCAGAGUCCAACACGGUGCUGUGCUUGGAAUUCCAGGAGAUUACGCCGGGAGCUGAAACCAAGAGUCUGAAUGCUUAGAUGAGCCAUCCAGGCACCCCUCUUUUAAAUCUUUCUUGUAAAAAAAGUAAUGUAAAUAAUGGCAUAAAAUUUAAAUGUACAACCUAGUAACGUUAUAAAAUGAGCCCAUGUAAUCACGGUGGUCAAGAAACUAAAUAUUGCUUUUCUGUGUUCCCUCCCCAGAAACCCCCACUAUCAUCUUUCCUGAUUAAAAUCUGCUGCUUUACAAA